ACAAAUGGAUAACUUAUAACUUAUAAUUGGAGUCUCUAAUUAACCUAAUGCAAACAUAUUUCUCUGCGAUUAAUGCUUCGACUAGGAUUUAGACUUAAAAGGAGUUAACUACAUGACUAUCUCUCAAAUCAUUGAAAAAGCAGAAACAGAAUUCCAAUUUAAAUGGCCUCCUCUCAAAGAUUAAUCACUAAUCAGAAUGUUGCAAUUGAAAUCUUAGAAUAUUAUAUCUACAGAUAAGAUUUUAGACUAAAUCAACACCUUUUUCACCCAUUUCAAGGAUGAAAUCAUUAAAAAAAUAGAUUUCAAUCAAAAAAUAAUGAUUAAUCAUGUAUAGGAUCUUCCUUUCAAUAAAGAGCAAAUCAUGAAAAAGUAUUAGCAAAUAUCUUAAAUUUUAAGCCUAAGGAAUUUACUUUUAGAGAAUUAGAAAGAAUCCUUUGAUAAACACCAGUAGAAGUGCAAAGACUUUAUUUAUUCAUUUGAAACUAAAAAAGAAAGCAAUACAAAAUAAAUUGAGGAAUUACUUAAAUAAAGUGACUAAAUAGAAUAAAUAAUUGAUUUUGACUAUCUAAAUGCACUAAAGCAGCAAGUUUUAGAUUUUGUAGAUGAAAUUAAAUUGAAUGAAAAUAAAGAUUUUCUUGGCUAAUCAAAAUCUAUUUAAAAUCAAAUUAGCGAUAAUUAACAAAGUAUAAAUAAUAACAAUAAUGCAGAAAAAUUGAUGUAAUUAAUUUCUAAUAAAUCAAAUUAUUGUAACGAAGCGUUUUUGGAAUCUGCGAGAAAAGAAUUAACUAAAUUAAAUCAAUUGCUAAGCAAAAUUUAGUUUGAUAAUAUUUUCAAAGAAAAUAAACAACCAAUACAAUUUUCUUAAAUAAAUGAUGAAAAGUUAUAAAGUAUUAAUGAAUAUGUAGAUAAUUUGAUAAAAUUGGAAACUGAUCAAAGUUAUUAACAGCAAAUUUAAUAAUCAGAAAAUUUAACUAGAAUAAUAAAUAUCUUAAAUAAUAAGUUGAACUUUAUAAAUGAAAAUUUCAAAAAAUAAUUUGUAAAUUACUUAGUAGAGACAUAAGUCUUCUAAAAGUAAAUUAAUUUUAGUUAGUUGCACAGUGACAUUUAAAAAUUAGAAUGCUUGAAAAAACUAAAUUCAGAUUAAAUAAUUGUUAUUUGUGAAAUUAUUUAAAAAUAAUAAUUUGAUGAAAAUGAUUUAGAUAGGUAUUCUUAAUAAUUUCCACUUUUUCAACUUUUGAAAUGUAAGAAAAAAGAUAUUUUAAAUGAAAUUUUAUUUGAAAAAAGUGAAUUAAAUGAUGGCAAGUAAAGGAUAUAAAUUAAAUAAAAUAAUUAUAAAUAAUUUGAAAUCUAUAUUGAUUAAUCUAAUUAUUCUGGGACUUGUAAAGAUACAUCAACAAACUGUGUUUCAUAAAUGAUUUUAUAACCUUAAAAAAAAUACAUUUUUAGAAUCUAAUUAUAAAAUGUAAGUUCUACUCCUUAUUUUUUAUUUGGGCUCAUGUAAAAUUAACAAAAGAAUAAUUUAUAGGGGUACAGUUAAAAUUUAGGUUGUUAUUUUUAAUUCAAAGAUGAAAAAAUCUAAUAUUUGGAUGAUUAUGGUAUAUCUAAAUUUAUAAAAGGCAACGAAUUUUGCAUGAGCAAAAAUGAUAUGAUAGAAUUGAGAGUUUGGUAGGAUGGUAAGUUGUUGCAGAUUUUAGAUUAUCCAAAUAAAAAUUAUAAAAUAGAACUUAGAGAUAAUAUGAAAGAUAAAUUUACAGAAUUAAAAGAUCUCUCAUUAUAUUUUUGGUUAUGUAAUAAUUUAGAUAAAUAUAUUUUAAGAGAAGCCUUUAUUGUAGAUGAAUUUGAAGAUUGAGCACUUUUUUUAAUUUUAGUUAAGUAUUAUUUUAUCAAAUCAAAUUAUUCUAAAAAGAAUAUAAAAAAUAUGAUAAAAAAAUAAUGAUUCUAAAAUAUUUAAAUAAAAUUAAUUUUAGUAAUAAUUAAUUAUUUUUUAUUUCUUGUAGAAAAACUAAUUUGAAAUUAUAAUCUGUAUCAUUUAUGCAACUGAUUUUUAUACAAUUUUAAAAAACAACAA